UGUUCCGUGCCAUUAUAAAUUUCAAGGUUCUGAGUUCUACCAUUAAACUUCAUAUAUUUGGAACGGUGCCAUUACUAAUCUGGAAUACACUAACUCAUGUCAUUUUGUACAUCUGAAACAGCCUUGGGCCCACGUGCAGGCCCGAGUAUUUUCGUAUUGCUCCUUCUGCCCCUGGCCGUCGGCCUAACCCGACUCGGGCUCACCCAACCGGCGCCGCGGUUCCCAUUCCUCCCUCUCUCUCCCUCCCUCUUCCCCGAACCCUAGAUCCCCAAAUCCGGUGGGCGGCGGCGAGGGCGGACGGCGGCGGAGGCGGCCAUCUGCAGCUGGUGGUGGCGAGGACAUGUCGGGGAGCUGGGCCGCAGGAAGUCCGAUGAAGUCCGCCGCAUCGUCGGGUAGCAGGAGCAGGGGCAGGGUCGAAGGUGAGCCGCUGCCGCUGAUUGAUUGCCCUAAAUGUAGGGUUCCAGUUGUGCAGCUUCGAAGCAAGAAACUUGAAUCGUACGGGAAGAUCUUCUACAAGUGUCCUAACAACUACCCGGACGAUGAAACUUGUGGUUGGUACUGGUGGGAAGCUGAUUAUGUGAACUAUUUGCAAGGAAGGAGAAUGAAGGAACUCCAAAUGGUCCAAGCACAUGAAGCUGCAAGAGAUGAAGUGUUAAGAGGUGGAGUAGUUGAAAGACAUGGUGAAACUGACGAGCUGGUGCUACAGAUUAGGGAAGUGAAGCAACAAAUGGGAGAGUUGAUGCACCAGAUUGUAGAGCUGAAGCAACAAUUGCGCCAGGGAAGAGUAUUUGCAGUGGACAAUGCAGUUUUAGCAGCUGUGUGUGUGGGUGUUGUAGUUGGGCUAGUUAUGGCUCUGUUUUGUAGGUGAAACUUAAAGGAACUUGAAUGUUGCUAUUUCGGAUGAAAUGAAAUGUGUAUUUCCUGA